AUGCCGGCGGUGUCGAAAGGGGACGGAAUGCGCGGCCUGGCCGUCUUCAUCUCCGACAUCAGGAACUGUAAAAGUAAAGAGGCAGAGAUCAAGAGAAUCAACAAGGAGCUAGCCAACAUUCGAUCAAAAUUCAAAGGUGACAAGGCUCUGGAUGGGUACAGCAAGAAGAAGUAUGUGUGCAAGCUGCUUUUCAUCUUCCUUUUGGGCCACGAUAUCGACUUUGGACACAUGGAGGCCGUCAACUUGCUCAGUUCCAACAAAUACACAGAGAAACAAAUUGGUUACCUGUUUAUCUCCGUGCUGGUCAACUCCAACAGCGAGCUGAUCCACCUCAUCAACAACGGCAUCCGGAACGACCUGAACAGCCACAACCCCACCUUCAUGAACCUGGCGCUCCAUUGCAUCGCCAACGUGGGCAGUCGCGAAAUGGCCGAGGCCUUCGCCUCCGACAUCCCGCGCAUCCUAGUGGCUGGGGACACCAUGGACAGCGUGAAGCAGAGCGCGGCGCUGUGCCUCCUCCGCCUCAAUAAGACUUCACCUGACCUGGUGCCCAUGGGCGAGUGGACGGCCAGGGUGGUCCACCUGCUUAAUGACCAGCACCUGGGCGUGGUGACGGCGGCCACCAGCCUCAUCGGCAGGCUAGCCCAAAAGAGUCCGGAUGAUUUCAAAACGGCCGUGUCGCUGGCGGUGGCCCGACUUAGCAGGAUCGUGACAUCGGCGUCCAUCGAUCUUCAGGACUACACGUACUACUUUGUGGCGGCGCCGUGGCUCUCUGUUAAACUGCUGAGACUGCUGCAGUGCUACCCGCCACCUGAGGACACGUCGCUGCGAAGUCGCCUGACGGAAUGUCUGGAGACCAUCUUAAACAAAGCCCAGGAGCCACCCAAGUCCAAGAAGGUUCAGCACUCCAACGCCAAGAACGCCGUCCUCUUUGAAGCCAUUUCGCUCAUCAUCCACCAUGACAGCGAGCCCACCCUACUGGUGCGAGCGUGUAACCAACUGGGUCAGUUUCUCCAGCACCGUGAGACCAAUUUACGCUACUUAGCUCUGGAGAGCAUGUGCACGCUGGCCAGCUCCGAGUUCUCCCACGAGGCCGUCAAGACGCACAUGGAUACCGUUAUCAACGCUCUCAAGACGGAGCGAGACGUGAGCGUUCGCCAGCGCGCGGUGGACCUUCUCUACGCCAUGUGUGACCGCAGCAACGCCAAGCAGAUCGUGGCGGAGAUGCUGAGCUACCUGGAGACCGCCGACUACUCCAUCCGAGAGGAGAUAGUGCUCAAAGUGGCCAUUCUGGCCGAGAAGUACGCGGUGGACUACACCUGGUACGUGGACACCAUCCUUAACCUCAUCCGCAUGGCCGGAGACCACGUGAGCGAGGAAGUGUGGUAUCGUGUCAUCCAGAUCGUCAUCAAUAGAGACGACGUACAGGGCUACGCAGCCAAGACGGUCUUUGAGGCCCUUCAAGCACCCGCCUGUCAUGAGAACUUGGUGAAAGUGGGAGGCUACAUCCUGGGGGAGUUUGGUAAUCUGAUUGCCGGAGAUCCGCGAUCCAGUCCCUUGGUCCAGUUCAACCUGCUUCACUCCAAGUUCCACUUGUGCUCGGUGCCCACGCGAGCGCUGUUGCUCUCCGCCUACAUCAAGUUCAUCAACCUUUUCCCGGAGGUGAAGAGCACCAUCCAGGACGUUUUGCGCUCGGACAGCCAGCUCCGCAACGCCGACGUGGAGCUGCAGCAGAGAGCCGUGGAGUACCUGAGGCUCAGUUCUAUCGCCACCACAGACAUCCUGGCUACCGUAUUGGAGGAAAUGCCGCCUUUUCCGGAGAGAGAGUCUUCCAUCCUGGCUAAAUUGAAAAAAAAGAAGGGACCCGGCAACCUGCCCGGCAUCGAUGACACGCGCCGCAACGUGAACGGCGACGCGGAACACAACGGCGAGAACGGCGACGCUGCCGGCACGUCCCCUCCUUCACUGAUGAUGGCGCCUCUCGCCAACAGGCCUCGCCCCGCCCACUCUAUUCCUAUCAUGAACUCGGCACAUACCUUGAACGAUCUGCUCAACCUCAACUCGCCACCCGCCGCCAACUCCAGUCUUCUGAUCGAUGUCUUCUCGGACGCCGUGCAGGACCCCGCCUCUGCUUUUGACUCCGCCUUUAACCCAGCCCCUGAAGUCUCUGAUGAAAGUUUCAGCAGGUUCGUGUGUAAGAACAACGGUGUUCUCUAUGAGAAUCAACUUUUACAGAUCGGACUCAAGUCGGAGUACCGGCAGAAUUUGGGUCGCAUGUACGUGUUUUUCGGCAACAAGACGUCCAGCCAGUUUCUCAGCUUUUCGUCGUCGGUGACCGGCGACGACGCGCUCAAAACGCAUGUGAACGUACACGCCAAAGCAGUGGAUCCCGUGAUCGAGGGCGGCGCUCAAGUUCAACAGGUCCUCAACAUCGAGUGCGUGUCAGAGUUCAGCGAUGCUCCGCUACUCAACAUCCAGUUCAGGUACGGCGGCACUCCCCAAAACAUCUCUAUCAAACUCCCAGUAAUGCUCAACAAGUUCUUCCAGCCUACCGAGAUGACGUCCCAAGACUUCUUCCAGCGCUGGAAGCAGCUCGGCCUCCCUCAGCAAGAAGUCCAAAAGAUCUUCAAGCCCAAACACCCGAUGGACACUGAGGUGGCCAAAGCCAAGAUUUUGGGCUUUGGCGUGGCUCUGCUGGACGGGGUGGAUCCCAACCCGGCGAACUUUGUCGGCGCUGGCGUCAUUCACACCAAAACCUCUCAGGUGGGAUGUCUUCUCAGGCUGGAGCCCAACAUGCAAGCACAGAUGUACCGUUUGACUUUACGGACAAGCCGGGACGCCGUUUCUCAGAGACUUUGUCACCUGCUCUCAGAACAGUUCUAA